AUGUCUUCAACUACUACAAAGCCUCUUCUUUCCAUAUUACUUUCAACUAUCGCUAAGGAAGUAAGAGUACAGUUAAGUCAAGCCAUUGACGAAACUACUCAAAUAGUUUUGUAUGGCUUAGUCUAUUGGUUCCGUAUUUGGGACCAUGAACAUAACUUAAAGUACUCUAAGGAAGUGUUUGAUUGGCUUGACUUCUUACUUAUAGAUAUAGAAUCUAAUUUAAUAGACUCUACAACUCUUAUUCAAUUGCUUAAAUAUAUUCGUUCUGGUUGUUAUAUACCAGAUACAGAACAUUUUAAUUGA